CCAACUUUUUUUGUGUGAUAGCUCUCAAGAUAGUGGUAUCGUCCGGCGGUACAUGCAAUUGAAUAUCCUCAAAGUUGCUGUGUAUCGGGUUGUCAAUCGAACAUACAGCAGUACAAGAUGGGCGGUAUCAAUAAGCCUAAAAAGCCCAAGUCGAAGCGCACGCCUGUUCGGUUAAGACACAAGAUCGAGAAGGCCUCAGCUGCAAAGCAGCGCAAAGCAAAGAAAGAAGCAAAGAAGAACCCACAAUGGAAAUCCAAGCUGAAGAAGGAUCCCGGCAUCCCCAAUCUAUUCCCGUAUAAGGAAAAGAUUCUGCACGAGAUUGAAGAGGCCCGACAGAGGAAACAAGAAGAACAACAGCGCCGGCGGGAGAUGGCUAAGGCCGCCAAGACGGGAGGAACAAUAGAAGCCAACGACGGCCCAGAAGGCGAGGACGACGUUGAUGAGGAUGGUAUGGAAGCCACUUUCGACGACAGCGAUAUGAUGGAUGAAGACGAAGACGAAGACGAAGACGAAGACGGCGGUGGCUCCUCAAAUCCAAUGGCUGCCCUAUUAGCGAGCGCAAGAGCGGCCGCCGAUAAGUAUGAGCGCGAGCUGCAAAGUGGCGAUGAUAUGGAUGACGAUGACGACGAAGAUUCUGAUGGGGACGACUUCAAUGUCUAUGAGUCGUCGAGGAAAGCCCACGAUAAGGUUUUUAAGCAAGUCGUGGAACAGGCAGAUGUUGUGCUCUAUGUUUUGGAUGCACGCGACCCCGAGAGCACCAGGUCAAAGGAGGUGGAACGCAUGGUCAUGGCCGCCGCCAAUGGUGGGAAGAGGCUAAUGUUCGUGCUGAACAAGAUUGAUCUCAUUCCACCCAAUGUGCUGAAGGAUUGGCUAGCCUAUCUCAGGCGAUAUUUCCCUACUCUACCUCUCCGGGCUUCGAAGUCCGCCCCGAACUCACAGACUUUCAACCAUCGCGACCUCACCGUACAGAGCACAUCUGCAACAUUGUUCAAGUCUCUCAAGUCAUUCGCUGCCUCAAAACAGCUGAAGCGCGCCAUUUCCGUUGGUGUGAUAGGAUACCCUAAUGUCGGAAAGUCGUCUGUCAUCAACGCUCUCCUUUCUGGGCUGGGUGGCCGAGGAAAGGCUGCUUGCCCUGCUGGUGCCGAGGCUGGUGUCACAACGAGUAUCCGAGCUGUCAAGAUCGAUAGCAAACUCACCUUACUCGAUUCCCCUGGAAUUGUCUUCCCUUCUACCGCCGACAGUGACAAUCCCAAGAGGACCGCGGUCGAAGAACAUGCCCACCUCAUCCUCCUAAACGCAAUCCCCCCCAAGCAGAUAGACGACCCUAUACCCGCUGUUUCUCUGCUCCUGAAGAAACUAUCAUCUUCGCCGGAGCUAUCACAAAAGCUUUUGGACGUUUACGACCUCCCGCCGCUCAUGUCUACCGAUGGAGACUCUACUACCGACUUUUUGGUACAAGUCGCUCGGAAGAGGGGAAGGCUAGGUCGUGGCGGAGUUCCCAAUCUGCCGGCUGCCGCCAUGACAGUCAUAACAGACUGGCGAGACGGGCGUGUCCAAGGAUGGGCAGAGCCACCGAAGAUGCCCGUCUCUCUCGACAGCAUUAAAGCAAGUACAGCCAAGGGUAGCGCACAAGUGGCGCCUGCUGUCAUGAUAGAUCAGAAGGAAAUUGUCACGGAAUGGGCAAAGGAGUUUAAACUUGAGGGUCUGUGGGGUGAUGACGAGGUUAAGGAGACUGGGGAGGCCAUGGAGCAGUAAAUGGAUAACGAUUUCUACCCGAGUCUAGCAUGAUACUUCUAUACCUGUCUAUCUAUUUCUGUCUUGCUGGCGUUCGGUGGAAAAAGGGGCCAAAAUGCACAUUUGGCUUCUCAUGGUAAAGUUUGAUCAAUAUAAAAAUGCAACCUCUGUUCCGGAGGCCAUGCUCAACCAUCUCUCUCUAUGUGCUCAUCUAUGCGAAAUUUGCCAUGAAACCAAGGAUGUUCACUCGGUUUUGUAGCGCAUACUCAUG